ACUCACAUCCGCUUAGACCGGAAGUCUCGUCCUCGCGUCACGAUGGUUCCUCCAGUCGCAGUUUCUCCGCUCAUCAAGACGGCCAGGUGGUCUGCUCUGCUGCUCGGCGUCUUCUAUGGCAAGCAGAGGUUUGACUACCUAAAGCCCAUUGCUGAGGAGGAGAGGAAGGUUGAGGAGGCUGAGAAAAAGGCCAGAGAGGAGCAGGAACGCAUCUACAAACAGCUGGCUGAAGCAAAUUCGGACACCAUCCUCAAGUGAUGCAUCUGUGGACCUGUGUCCUUGUUUCAGACCCAAUAAAAUUAUUUUUCAUGUAAUCAUCAAA